AUGACGGAGCUUAAACCGGGUCGCGGCCCGCCCGGGGUGAUUGACAGCCGCCGCGCUGGCGCUGCGCUGAGCGGCCGCGGCGCAGCCAGGUCCGACCGGGAGCCGCCCGGGACCCCCGCGUGCGCGCGCGCCUGCCCUGCUCCCCGCUUGCCGGACGAAGCGCCGCUUUGCACCGCGUGGCCGAUCGCGAUGGGCUCCAGGCGGAGGCCCCUGGGCCGCUCCUACUCGGGCAACGGGUCUUCCUUGGGGUAUUGCCCCGGGCCUGGCAGCGAUGGCGAGGACAACGGGCCCCUGGCGGAGUACCGGCCGGACAGGCGCAGCUACUUCCUUAGCGUGCGCCCCGAGAACAGGAGCACAUUCUGUGCAAUCAUUGCUCAGUUGACCGAGGAGACCCAGCCCGUCUUUGAAACAACUCUCAAAUCAUUUGCUGUGUCGAAGGAUGCUGAUGCCAAAUUCACGUGCAUUGUGAUAGGGUACCCACAGCCAGAGGUGACCUGGUACAAAGAUGAUGAACAAAUGGAUCGAUACUGUGGCUUGCCAAAAUAUGAGAUUCUCCGACAUGGGAACCGACACACUCUGAAGUUGUACAAGUGUCAGGAGGAGGAUGCAGCCAUUUACCAGGCUUCAGCGAGAAACAACAAAGGCAUUGUGUCCUGUUCUGGUGUUUUGGAAGUUGGGACCAUGACAGAGUACAAAAUUCACCAACGGUGGUUUGCCAAGCUCAGGAGGAACGCCGAAGCCAAGCUGUGUGAGAUUGAGCAGAACAGGAAGCGAGGGAAGGAGAAUGUGGAAAUGGAACAGCUGAGACGAGUGAGUCCAGACAGAUUCCAGAGGAAGCGACGGUUGACGGGGGAUGUAGGGAUGCGUUCGGGCACCUCUCUCUGGGACGAGGAGGAAGUGGCCAAGGUGCGGAUCCCAGAUGGGAAGGCCUGCUUUGGUGAAGACGAGAAUGCAAAGAACAGAGAGACCUCUCUGACUGCCUCCACCCUGUUCCCAAACAACUUCAUAACAGGAUGUCUGGAAACAGAAGUGGCCACCACCAAUGGAGAUGCCUCUCUUGAAAGUGGGGAAGAAAAUGGGGAAAGAAAUGACGACGGCUUUCUUCAGUAUAUUUAUGAGACGGUGGAAAUGGUGACCAAGGAAUAUUCAGCGAAGAAGAAGAAGGAAGAGGAAGGUAGUACAGCUCCACCAAAAGCAAACCAGGAUGUUUCCCAACAAGAGGAUGGCAUGCAACAGAGGAGAAAUACCUCCGUGCAGAAGGAUGCUAUGCCUGUUGGGUCGUCCCAGAAAGUAGCCUCUCCUACAGUCAACGGAAGGCCAGUGGAAGCCAGACCCCAGGAAAAGUCCAAGUCCCUGCUGCCUUCCUCCCCUUCCAAAGCAGAUAUGCAUUUUUCGCUGAAAGAUAUAUAUUAUGAUGUUGGAGCAGAGCCUAAAGCUGAGAAGAAGGUGCCAGAAAGUAAGGUAAGGUCUAUGGAGAAGGCCCUUCCCACAGGAAACCUUUCCAACGUGGAGAAUGCUCUUCCAGCAACUGUUCAAGCUUUGAAAAGGGCUAAGCCAGAAGAAGUAAGAAAGGAAACACAGGCUAGGCAGAAGGCUAAGGGUGUUGAGACAAAGCAUAGCAAAAUGGCAGCCACUGGAACAGACAGGGAAUUGAACACCCAGCGAUUCCAGCAUCCCAGCCAGGCUGCGAAACCCACAACAGAGGUCCAGAUGGGACAUAGGGUGGGAUGUCCAAGCAGCAGUACCAUGGAAAGUGAUUUUCUUCAGCCAGGCCAAGCUGGGCCAACAAGACUUGGGAGUCCACCUCCCUUUGCAGAGAAGAAUGAAGGGGAAGUCCUUCUCAUCCGUGAAACCAACUUGCUGGACUCUCCCCUCCCUGAAGCUGAGCCAGACCUGCAGUUCCAAGAGGCUGGGCAUGUGGAUUUGCCCCUGCCUUUGCAGGAAGCAAGGAAGCGGGCCUUUCCGCCCGUAGCCUCGGAGGAGAAAUUGUUGCCUGGUCCAGAGCCUUCUGAGGCAUCAGAAGAGUCACAGCCAAGCUUGUCUGUUGCCUGUGAUUUGCAGUCUCCAAAUUCCAGGCUUUGGGAGGAAGCAAAAGAGGAAACCACUUGCUUUUCAACAAGGAAAAAUAUCCCUGGAGAUUUAGGAAUAAAAUGGUCAGAGAAGAAAUCUGGUCCUAGCCCAGAAAUCCAAGACUCAAGUACGGGGAUGCUACACCCGGAAAAUCACCAGCCAGCAAUUUUCCAGAAUCAUCCAGUGACUUCUCAGAAUCUCUCAGCCAUUUCUUCUGGUGUCCCAAAUGGGAUGGAGAAUCUGCUUCAGAAGGAAGACGUGGGAAAGUAUUCUCCAAGUCAGGGACAGGAUGAAAUCCAAAGUAGACUAGUUCCUGAUCAUGAGAGUAAAAAGCCAAUUACUCCUGCAUUACCAGCCCAGGAAGCCCAUUUUAAGGGUAGACCCAUGGAUGAGUUGGACCAAGCAGCUCUGCUUUCUCCAGUUAAAGAAGACUUUGCUGAGAGAAACCAAUCUGUAGCUCAUUUGCUGAAAGAUGUUAAGAGGAAAACAGAAACUUGGCAACCAGCUAGGAUGGUGGCUUCAGAACCAGACCAGCAAGUCACCAGCACUGUUACGAAAGAGAUCUGCAUGCAGAAAGAAUUUCUGGUUCCUCCAAGAAGUAAAAAAGAUAAGCAGGGGUCUAUAACUUACACCAAGAAGACAGAGGUUAGAGAUAAAGGAAAGGAAAAAAUAGGUUCUGAUGUUCAUUUAAUAGAGAAUUCUCCUCAUCCUGAGGCUGUAGUGGAGGAGAAUCAAGCAAUGGAGAAAGCGCAGAACACAAACCUUGUUUCUUCUUUGAAGAAUUAUUUGCUUUUGCUCUUAAAGAUGGCCACUGAGUCAGACAAAAGCGAAGUCAGCCCAAAGCAAGAAGCCAAGAUUGUGGAGGAGAAGACUCCAUUAAGUGCUAUUCCUAAACAUCUGCCAGAUGUGGGCAUUGCAGGAUUAACUCCCAGAACCUCAAGGAAGAUCUUUGAACAGGUUGAGACCAAUCAGCUUUUCCACAGUGCUGAGAACUUGCCACUGACUCCCAAGACUUCUCGGAAACUCACAGGAAUGAUCAACCAAGAACUGCUUGCUUGCCAAAAGAGCCCCAGCACUGAGCCAGAGGUACCUCCCUUGCCCUGUGUUCCUUCCAUCGUGGUAGGGAGCAUUGCAGGUGAACCAGCAGGUCUCCCCCAUCUUCCCUCUUCUGAGGUUGCCAGUGAGACCGCAGCGGCUCUGCCAAGUGCCACACCCCAAGAGCUGGCAUCUGGGGCCCGUCGUAAGAUCUAUCUACCCAAAACCAAACCAGCCGAUGAGAUGGAAGGAGUGGCCCUCGAGGGUCAGACAUGGGCCAAAAGGGACAGUCCCAGUGUGUCUCCACAGCAGGGCCGUAGGAGCCAGACUCUCUUGCAGACUCCAGCCCCGGGUUCUCCUCCUGUGGAGAAGCGCUCUCCAACCAUUGCCAGGAAGAUGGCAACUCUGGAAGUUCCCAAGAUGUAUCAGGAGCUGGCAGAAGAAAGCAAGAAAGAGGAUGACAGCUCCCCAUUGGCUCCAGAGAGCGUAGAAGAAAGUGUGACUGAAGGCCCAGUGGGAGAAUCGAGGAAAACAAAUGAUCCAUUUAAAGCGCCACAAGUAGUCCGCAAGAUCCGAGCAGAACAGUUCUCUGAUGCUUCUGGGAACUUAAAGCUAUGGUGUCAGUUCUUCAAUAUCUUGAGUGACUCCAAGCUAAUCUGGUACAAGGAUGAGGUACCCAUAGCAGAUGUCAAAAGAAGCUCUGGAGAUGAAGGACAGGCAGCCCUGGCUAUUGUGCAGAUGUCCCUGAAGGAUUGCGGGGUCUAUCAGUGUACCAUCCAGAAUGAAUAUGGGACUGACAGUACUGAUUUCCUGCUGAGCCCUGAAGUGCUGUCCGGAUUUAUCUCCAAAGAAGAAAUAGAAGCUGGAGAGGAGAUUGAAAUGACCCCCAUGGUAUUUGCCAAAGGCCUAGCUGACUCCGGCUUUUGGGGGGAUAAGCUGUUUGGCCGGAUCAUGGUGGAGGACCUGGAGGCAGGACGAGGAUUUCUGCGCAAGGCCUGCCGUGCCCGUGCCAUUUAUGGCCUUGAGCCGGUGUUUGAGUCUGGGCACACUGGCAUUAUUAAGGUCCACAACUUCAUUGCGUUUGGUGGACGCAGUGAGAACACGCUGGUGGAGAGGAACUAUGAUAUCACCAUUCAGGAGUGUAAAAUCCAGAAUUCAAGUCGGGAAUACUGCAAGAUCUUUGCUGCAGAGGCCCGAGCCCUCUCUGACUUUGGGUCCAUACCUGAGAUAAUCCCACUUUACCUAAUCUACCGCCCAGCCAACAAUAUUCCUUAUGCCACCAUGGAGGAAGACUUGCCAGGCUUGUUCCAGUGCUAUUGUGGACGAGAAGGUGAUGGCAGUGGCCUGGCUCCACCCAACCCCUCGGAGAUUGGGCAGAAAUGCUGUGCUUUCCAGCACUGGCUUUACCAGUGGACAAAUGGCAAUAUCUUGGUGACAGACUUGGAAGGUGUUGGAUGGAAGGUCACCAAUGUGAAGAUUGCUACCAAAACCAAGGGGUACCAAGGCCUGAAGGAGAGCUGCUGCCCCAACCUCCUCAAUCUCUUUGUUGCCUCCCAUCAAUGCAACCAUUACUGUGAGCUACUUGCUCUGAAGAGCCUUGAGGUUCCUCAACCUCCGCCGAGAAGCAAGGGCUCUCGGAGCCCCAACAUGGGCAGAAAAUCGUCGUCAGCUCAGUCCAGCCCUCAGCUCCAGAAGAAAGGCCUCUCAAGCCCCCAGGCUUCCAGGAAAGGUUCUGUGAGCCCCAAGAAUGCCCGGAAAUGCCCAGAACAUGUGGCAGAGUCCCAGCUGAUGGCAUGGCCCAAAGGAGGAGACAAUGACAAGGCUGGACAGCUGCAGUGAUGGACAGUGGGGGCCAUCAGCCAUACACAUUGUGUGUGCCUGGGGAAGGGGACGGGGUUGCCUAGUCCUCCUGUGGCUCCCCCCGCCUUUCCAUGUGUGAGAUCUGUGUGUGGUGUUUGAGGGGAAGAGCCAUGCUGUGCCCAUCUGAACAUGGCUCUCGGGGCAGGUUUGGAACCCCCCAGGAAUGACUGUGUGAAUGCAACAGUUUGGUCACUACCGGCCCUGCAUAGAGUGGUCUCUGUGUCCACAGUCCCAUCACACGAGGCAGGAGCCUGGCCUCCUGCUUAGGUGCCUGUGUGAUUCUGCUUCUCCUCUGUGCUUGGGCCAUGUUUUUCAUCCUGAGCCUGUCCUGUGGCUCCCGAUAAGUUGAAGUCCAAGAUGGGGGCUGGACUCCAGGUGGCCAAGUGGACCUGUGCUCUGCUGGGCUGUAAUGCAGGACUCAUGCCCUUGACUGCAGCACGUCCUCUGCCAAGGCCUGUGGCUCUCUGCUUUUCCCGUGGUGGUGUGGGCCACAACCCCAGGGAGACUCUUGAGAAUUAACUUUUGCCUAAUCCUCUCUUCCCAUCCACACCCCAAAGAGUGCAUAGGAGAAGAGAGCUGACUUCUCCCUUCUCCUUUGGAGGGAGGUGCUGCUUCCUUGACGGGACUCCAUGUGACAUGGGUGUGGUGGUGUCUUCCUGCAUCUGUGUUUGGGGACAAUGAAGCUGUCAAGUGUGUCAUGGCUAAACUGAAAGGACAUAUGGUCAGUCAGGUGGGGUUGUUGAGAUUAACAGGAGAUUAAACCCUUCUUGCUCUGCCUUUCCUGUUCCAUUCAGUGAUGCCAUGUACCACAUGGUGGUGAUGGAGCACAUAUUUUGCACACAGAAAGCUCUGGUUUCGGUUGAUGUCGAUCUCCAGUUAAAAGAUCAAAGAGCAGGAGCUGGGAAACGUUGCUAUUAGAGACUCUGGGACAUGUUGCUAAUUAUUCAAAGCAGUUUUGUAUGUUUCUUAUCUGUUAAUGACCACAGAGAGGCUGCAUUCACAUACCGUGUGUCACCUGGCUACUGAAUUAAUCUGUUUUCUGGGUUCACAUUGUACAUUGACCCAUAAGUUAACCAAAGAAGCUGGCUUUACAAACCAAGCUCCCCCAAAAAGAGAAAACCAGACCUGGGUUAACAGUAACCAAGCUCAGUGUGUAUGAAUGCAGUUACUAAGUUUGCAGCUGACAAGUGUAUUGUAUGAACAUAGCUAUCGUGUGUUGCGUCUGUUGAGUCUUCCUCAUCCUAACAUCUUCUAGAUGUGUUGGGAUUAGCCAGAAUCAAAAUGCCUGGGAAUUCUGGAAGUACAAGUCUGUCACAUCUAGAGGGUACAGGGUUAGGGAAGACCUUUUAGAUAGAAAUACCUCUCCCUUGAACAGUGUCCUCUUGCCUCACUUUCUAUAUUUUGCUUUUUUCCAAAUUUCUCCUUAGGUGGUAAAUGCAGGCUCCAUAGCAGCUGCCUGCAACCAGCAAGACUUUAAGCACUGCCUGUUGUCAGAUAACACUGGCCCAUAGCUAUUCUUUUCUCCAGGGCUUGAUUGAAUUACUCUUAGGAUGGAAAUGUCAUUGAGACAGGAGACCCUGGAACAGCCUACAGAACGUAGGUGCCCCACCAGCUAUUCUUUCACCAAAGACUACUGUAUAACCUACCACAUUGUGGAGAUCUCCACUUGUGAAUAAAUAUCGUUGUCCUCCAUUCAUCAUAAUCUUAGACAGAGAACACAUCAGGAACCAAACAAGAACCCUGUUGUGAUGCAGCAGCAGGGCAAGGUGAGCCAAAUCAGUGUGUGGUGGUUUGCCAUGCUAAAAGGUUUUCAUUACGUGUAUUUCAAUUAGAAAACAAUCCAUUACAAAUAUUGCUGCUUGAUACUAAUGCUUGAGUUGCAGAAGCCAAGGAAUGGGGCUAGGUUCCAGUUGUGGACUCUCCCCAUGGGUGGGUCAUGCAACAAACCAUGUAGAACCUCAUUUGAUGUACCGGAGCUUCUGCUGAAGCUGUGAUAUUGGUGCGAUAGGGCCAAAUCUUGUCUUCAAGGCUCCUUCACGUGCAGGAAUCAUUCUGCAGGCCCUCCUAUAUGACAAUGGGUUAGAAGAAUAGGGGAUUCUUGGGAGAAAUUGGGACUGAAUGGGUUGUGUAAUGCUGGACUCAAAGAAAAAAAAUGAACCUGAUUCUGGGGUUCAAGAGUUGCUGAAUAAAGUGAAACAGAAUGUAACUUGUCCAUGGAAGCAGCUGAGAUCUUCUCUGAAUUUCUGUACUGUAUGCACAUUUGUCUUCAGAAAUGUGGUGGAUUUCCAGGACUUUGGUAAUCCUAGGCUUGAGAACAUACUUCCUUGGAAAAUAUGAAUGAGAACAUUGGUUUAUUUCAAAACGAGUAAUUUUGCCAUC